AUGUCAAAAACACAGUCGCAAAAUAUAAAAAAAUCAAGUACUGUCGCUGUUGGCAUCGAUUUAGGAACAACUUAUUCGUGUGUGGGUGUUUUUCAACAUGGAAAAGUUGAAAUAAUAGCAAAUGAUCAAGGUAAUCGAACAACACCGUCCUAUGUUGCAUUUACAGAAACUGAACGUUUAAUUGGUGAUGCGGCAAAAAAUCAAGUGGCAAGUAAUCCAAGAAAUACAAUAUUUGAUGCUAAGAGAUUAAUAGGUAGAAAGUAUGAUGAACAAUGUGUUCAACAAGAUAUAAAAAAUUGGCCAUUUAAGGUUAUUAAUGAUCAUGGUAGACCAAAAAUUCAAAUUAAUUAUAAAAAUACAAUAAAAACAUUUACACCAGAAGAAAUUUCAGCAAUGGUUUUGAUUAAAAUGAAAGAGAUUGCUGAGGCUUAUCUAGGAAAAAAGCAAAUAUCAUUUGUUUUUAUAGCGGCUGCACUUGCCUAUGGUCUAGAGAAAAAUUUAACAGGUGAAAAAAAUAUUCUUAUAUUCGAUCUUGGCGGAGGUACGUUUGAUGUGUCUGUAUUGUCGAUUGAUGAGGGCCAAUUAUUUCAAGUUAAAGCAACUGCGGGUGAUACUCACUUGGGUGGUGAAGAUUUCGAUAAUCGUUUAUUAUCUUAUUAUUGUAAUGAAUUUAAGAUGAAAAACAAUAAAGAUUUAACCAAAAAUGUACGAUCACUAAGACGAUUAAAAAAUAAUCUUGAACGAGCAAAACGUAUUCUAUCAACAGCCACAGAAGCAAAUAUUGAAAUUGAUUCACUAAUGGAUGGUAUUGAUUUUUAUUCAAAAUUAUCACGAGCCAAAUUUGAAGAAUUAUGUAUGGGUCUAUUUCGGUCAACAUUAAAACCAGUUGAAAAAGCAUUGCGUGAUGCAAAAAUGGAUAAAGCUCGAAUUCAUGAAGUUAUUCUAGUAGGUGGUUCUACAAGAAUUCCAAAGAUUCAAAAAUUAUUGCAAGAUUUUUUUAAUGGAAAAGAAUUAAACAAAUCGAUUAAUCCUGACGAAGCUGUUGCCUAUGGAGCAGCAAUACAGGCUGCAAUAUUGUUUGGUGAUAAUCAUGAAAUAAUUAAAGAUGUCUUACUUGUUGAUGUUAUACCGUUGUCGUUGGGUAUUGAAACAGUUGGUGGUGUAAUGAAUAAAAUAAUUGAACGUAAUUCUCGGAUACCAUGUACUGUUUCAAAAGAUUUUACAACGUUUGAAAACAAUCAACCAGGAGUUACCAUUCAAGUAUGUGAAGGUGAAAGAACAAUGACUGCUGAUAAUAAUUUAUUAGGAAAAUUUGAAUUAAUGGGAAUUCCACCAGCUGCACGCGGUAUACCACGAAUUGUUGUAAAAUUUGAUGUUGAUGGUAGGUGUAAAAGUCUGUUAUUAUUUUCUCAUAUUACUAAUUCG